AUGCAUGUCAUUCUUGCAGGGGACUCGAAGCAUGAUACCAAGAUCUUUUCUCUAUCUGUCCUUCUGAGUAGCACUCUAGUGCUGAACAGCCAAGGGACAAUCGACAACAGAGCUAUUGAAGAACUGCAAUAUGUCACAGAGUUAACUGAGUAUAUCAAGAUCAAAUCCUCUGAUGAGGAUGAAGACGACGAGUUUGUCAAGUUCUUCCCCAGUUUCAUCUGGGCUGUAAGGGACUUCACCCUAGAACAAAAAAUAAAAGGCAAAUACGUGACCGAGGACCAAUACUUGGAAUUUUCCUUGAAGCUGAAACCAGGCGCUUCAAGAACAGUCAACGAGUUCAACCUUCCACGGCAAUGUAUCCGAAAUUAUUUCCCAUCCCGGAAGUGCUUCACUUUCCCUUUCCCAACCGCCCCAGAGAAUGUGUCUCAUCUGGAGAGCUUGGAUCCUGCGGAACUUUCCCCUGAUUUCCAGGAGGUCACACAACGUUUCUGCAAGUUUGUCUUUGACAAGAGUGAAGUGAAGAAGCUGAAGGACGGAUACACCAUCACUGGCAGAGUCCUGGGUCAGUUUGCGAAGACAUAUGUAGACAUGAUUUCCAGCGGUGAAGUUCCAUUUCUGGAGAAUGCAGUCAUGGCCAUGGCACUGAUUGAGAAUGCGGCCGCGGUGAAGGAGGGGCUUGAGGUGUACCAGAGUGGAAUGGAGAAGCUGAAGACGUCCUUCCCCCUGGAACUGAAGGAAGUAUCAUCAGAGCAUCAGUGUCUCAGCAGGACUGCAACACAGGCCCUAAUGAAGCGUUCCUUCAAGGACAGUGAGGGGACAUACCUGAAAUCUCUAGAGGAAGGCAUUAAUAAACUCUUUCAUGGAUACUUGUGUCAAAAUGAGGAGGCUUCAAGGAAAAGAUGUGAGAAUAUUCUGUCAUCCCUCUCUGGAACAAUGACAGAGAAGCUGAAGAAAGGAUCCUAUGCCAUACCUGGUGGUUAUGUUCUCUUCUCCCAGGACCUUGAAGACAUUGUGAAGAAAUAUAAAAUCCAAGCCAAUAAAGGAGUCAAGGUAGAAGACACACUUGAAGAGUUUCUGAAGCAGAAGUCGGUGGAGUCUCAGGCAAUUCUGCAGGCUGACAAUAAACUGAUGGAGAAGGAGAAAAAAAUUAUGGAGGAAAGAGAGAAGGCCGUUCUCCUGGCUCAAGAAAUAAACACCAAGGAACAGAAGCAGCGGCAGCUAGAAGAGAAGAUGGAAGCAGAGAGAAGGAGUAAUGAAGAGAGGAUGAAACAGAUGAGGGAGAAGAUGGAUGAGGAGAUGCGGCUUCAGAGAGAAGAGGCUGAGCGUGCCAUGGACAGCAAACUGAGGGAGCAGGCCGCUCUGCUGGAUAAGGGCUUUCAGGAGAAGGCUGACAGGAUGUCUGAAGAGAUGGAGGACUUCAGGAGGAAGAAUAAAAACGCAGAGAAGGAAAGUCACAAACUGUUUGAAAAGAUGAUAACAAACAUGAACAAAAGACACGCUGAGAAUAUGAAUCUGAUGAAGAGGCAACACAGCGAGCAGAUGGAGGCAAUCAUGAGUAUGCCAAAGCCCUCGUCUGACUCCUCCGCUCUGGUCUUACGUCUGCUACUCAUUGGUCUCAGCAGCAUUACCGGUGGCUCACGUCCCUGUUAAAGCAGUCAUCUAUCCCUGUUAAAGCCAUCUGUCUGACAGACGCUUUCAGCCAAAGCAAUGUACAUGUUAGAUGAAUUAACUAGUGAUGGAGGCUGUCCAUCAGGGUUCCAUAUCAUCAGGAGCAUGUGGAGUUCAAUGCCUUCUGUAACACUGGAAACAUUGUGUUUUACAGUGAAUUUCUGGCAGCUGACACUUUUUAAUCCCCUUUAUCUUUAUGCCAAAGAUCUUUAUACCAAAUGCUAUUGUUUGUACAGAAACUGUAUUUUAAUAUUAUUAAUCCCUCCCCAACCAACCCAUAACAAACUGCCUAAUAUAAAUAAUAAUAAUAAUAAUAAUAAUGAUGAUAAUAGUGAUCACAAUUAUGGUAAUAGAAAAUAAAAUACAUUAAAGAUGAAUGAUUUAAUAGUUAAA